AUGCUAUUGUACCUUAAAUGUUGUUUAAAAGUAAUAUCAUAGCAUAUAUAUUAUUACCUUAUAUAAAAUGAUUUUGCCCAAAAAUGAGAAGAUUAUUUCCAUGCACAAACGAUAACAUACAAUUCUCCAUAUCACAUCCUUUGAUUCUCUUAAAAAAAAAAAAAAAUUACAAUAUCCAAAUCCAAAAUUACAAAACAUUUUUUUUAAUCUACCUUUUCACCUAACCUAAAUAGUAAAAAAUACACUAUAUAAAUAAAGUUGACGGGCUUCUAUUGCUAUGAGUUUUGCUCUCUCUUCAAAUUGUGUUUCCUUUUCUCUCCUCCUCCCUCAAAUCACUCUAAUAAGCACAGAUGCCUAUUGAAACGGAGGAUUUGGACCCACCCGAUAGCGACUCGGAGCCGUUUGUGGAGGUGGACCCCACGGGGAGGUACGGCCGCUACGACGAACGCCUCGGUGUUGGGGCCGUGAAGAAGGUGUAUAGGGCAUUUGAUCAAGAGGAGGGCAUAGAGGUGGCAUGGAACCAAGUAAAGUUGAAACAAUUUAGUGGCGAUAGUUCUAUGAUAGAUAGGUUAUUUUCUGAGGUUAGGUUAUUACGGAGUUUGAAAAAUAAAAAUAUAAUCGCGUUGUAUCAUGUUUGGGAGGAUAAGGCUCAUAACACAUUAAAUUUUAUUACCGAAGUUUGUACCUCGGGAAAUUUGAGGGAGUAUAGGAAGAAACAUAAGCAAGUUUCUUUAAGGGCUUUAAAAAAAUGGUGUAAGCAAAUUUUGAAAGGGUUGGAAUAUUUGCAUACUCAUGAACCUUGUAUCAUACACCGCGAUCUCAAUUGCAGCAAUCUUUUUGUCAAUGGUAACAUUGGUCAGGUGAAAAUUGGGGAUUUGGGUCUAGCAGCAGUAGUAGGAAGGAGCCAUGCUGCACAUUCCAUCCUAGGGACACCGGAGUUCAUGGCGCCGGAGCUUUAUGACGAGGACUACACCGAGCUAGUCGAUAUCUACUCAUUUGGAAUGUGUGUAAUUGAACUUGUUACCAUGGAAAUACCUUAUAGUGAAUGUAACAACGUCGCUAGGAUAUAUAAAAAGGUGACAUCCGGGUUAAGGCCUCAAGCCCUUGACAAGGUUAAGGAUUCGGAAGUGAAGGCGUUCAUUGAGAAGUGCCUAGCUCGGCCUAGGGCUAGACCCUCUGCGACCGAGCUCUUGGCUGAUCCUUUCUUUGAUGACAUUAUUGAUGAUGAUGAAAGCAAUGAACAAGAGUAGAUGAAGAAUGUUAGAGAUAUGAAUAUUUUUCCGAUAUUUCAUAUCUCUAACAAACUAGUAGAAACUUGCAUAGAUUUUUAUAGGAAUUGAGCCUCCAAAGUUUUUUAUAUUUUUGUUGUAGGCUUGGUUUCAUAUCUUUGUUACAUGUUGCAUGAUUUGUUGGACUAUACAAUAUUUGGUAGGUUAUUAUGUAAUAUUUGGUUUGAUCUAGGUUUUUUUACAUAGGAAAAAAAAAGUGUUUUGAGGGAAAUAAUAAAGGUUUAAUUAGAAUUUGGGAGUGAAAUUUAUCUCUGGGAUUACAAAAAUGUAAAUAUAAUUUCCAGGGAGAUUAUAUAUUUGGAUGGUAUUUGAUCUGAAUUUCUAUUGUGUUGCACAUUAUGUUUGGCAUAUAUAAUGAAUUCCUUCUACUUUAA